UUUGUUUUUAUGUGUGGUUCUCUUUUCUUAUCUCUAUGACCAAUACCAAAUAAUUUCUCCACAUUCCUUCAUUAUAUAUCAGACAAAACAUUAUUCACUCAGGAGAGAGAACUAGAAAGAAACCAUGUCUGAAAUAGAAAAGCAGAAGCCAAAAGAAGAAGCAGAAGAAGAAUCAUCAGCGUCUACUACGACGACAUGGCCGGAUAUAGAGGAAGAAUUCGUGAUACCCGAGGUUUUACAUAGUGAAGGUGUGAAGAAACUGCAUAUGAGCAUUCAAAGUGAGUGGGAUUACCUACAGAAGUCUGCUUGUCAAACAGCUGCAGGAAGAGCUUUGUGGAAACAUGUCAUUCAUGAUCCUCUCGCUCACUUGUUUGCUGGAGAGACACAUUUGAGAAACCUACACACAAAGAUUCAGACUGACCGACUCAACAAUGCUCGAGAGAUUUCCGGUGUGAUUCUAGCCGUUCGAACUCUAUGGUUUGACACAAGGAUUCAAGCUGCUCUGGAUUCUUUCGAAAGUGAUGCAUCUUCGCAGGUUGUGCUACUUGGUGCAGGAAUGGAUGCGAGAUCAUACAGACUAAAUUGCUUGAGCAAAAGUAAUGUAUUUGAAGUGGAUUUUCAAGAUGUCUUGGAAACAAAAACAAGCUUAGUUCAAGCUGCAGUAAAUUCUAAAGAUGAGCUUAGGAUGACAGCGAAAUCACUAGUCAGAGUAGCAAUUGAUAUAAGAGACAGCGAUUGGUUUGAACAGCUUAAGAAAUCGGGUUUUCUGCCAGAUAUAAACACUGUAUGGGUUCUUGAAGGCAUUCUUUAUUACCUGUCUCACACAGAGGCAAUGCAAGUACUGAAGCUCAUAGCUCAGAAGUGUGCAGUAACCAGCACAGUACUCUUGGCGGAUUUCAUGAACAAACCGUCUGCUACACUCCCAAACUCUGUGUUCCACUUUUACAGUGACUGGCCUGACCAGCUCUUACCAUCUUUGGGGUUCUCUCAUGUCAGGCUUUCACAGAUUGGUGACCCAGAUGCAAACUUCGGUCUGCUGCAUGAUCCACUCAAUCUCUUCAACAAACUUCUUAGCCUGCCAAGGACUGCACAGAUCCAUCCAGAUGAUGGAAAACCAUGCUGCCGUUUGUAUUUGCACUACAUUUCAUCUGCUUGCAAAACUACAAAGAAGAAAGAAUGCUUAUCAUGCCUUUCAAUAUCUAGCAUAACCUUCCUUACUUACUGUAACUCAAACGAAGCUAAGCAUCAAGCAUAUGAUUAUAUUUAUAUAAAACGAGAUCUCUUUCAACAAGACACUUGUAACAGAUGUUGUUGGUACACCUAUACAGCCAUAACUAGUUCACAAGAAGAGAAGGAAUAGAGAACUAGACUUCAUCUCAG